AUGGGCAAGUGUGUUUUCAGCAACUUGUGGCUUCAGAAAUCACUGUAUAAAGAUUGGCUUCGAGAAGUCAAGGGUGACAAGCACAAGGCACGAUGCAUCGUGUGUAUGAAGGAUGUUGACAUUUCGAGCAUGGGAGAGUCAGCGCUCACAAGUCACUUGAAAGGAAAAAAACAUCAAACACUGACAUCCCAGAAUAGGUCAUUAGCAAGCGUUUCAGAUUUUUUUGGCGUUUCUUCUCAACAACCAGCAACUACAAGUGACGAUGCCAAAGAAGUUUCAAAAUCCGCUUCGUCUGAAAGUGGCGAACACAACACGCUCAACCCCACAAAGUCUAGUACUACGAGUUCAUCUGGUUCAUCGGUGAUGGAAAGAAUUGUCACUCGUGAUGAGACUUUGAAAGCAGAAAUUUUGUGGGCAUUGAAGGUGAUAAUGUCUCAUUACUCCUAUAAAUCAUGCGAAGGUACGAGCAAAUUGUUUCAAGCGAUGUUUCCUGACAGUCGGAUCGCGAGUCAGUUUACAUGCGGAGAAAAGAAAUGUGCAUACUUGAUCUGUUUUGGGCUCGCUCCACACUUCAAACAACUUUUGAAGGACGUUGUGAAAAAAGAAGAAGCUUAUGUACUUAUGUUUGACGAGAGCCUGAAUAGCGUGUGCCAGUCAAAGCAAAUGGAUAUUCACAUUCGUUCAUGGAAUCAUGACAAACACGAAGUUGAAAGUCGCUAUUAUACCUCAGUGUUUAUGGGGCAUGGAACAGCAGAGGACAUGCUUUCUCAUUUUCGUUCAGGCAUAGAAGGAAUUCCUCUCAAAAAAGUUUAUCAGUUGUCAAUGGAUGGACCCAACGUUAAUUGGAAAUUUUACAGUAUGCUGACUGAUGAGGCAAAAAGGGAGCAUAAUAGUCACAUGCUGAACAUUGGCAGCUGUGGUUUACACAUUCUUCAUGGAGCAUUCAAGGAUGGUGCUGUGGCAUCAGGAUGGCAGUUAGACAGGUUGUUCUCCAGCCUUCACUGGCUUUUUCAGGACAGUCCGGCAAGGAGAGAGGACUACACCAAAGUAACAGGAAACUCACUGUUUGCUUUGAAGUUCUGCAAACAUAGGUGGUUGGAGAAUGUCUUGGUUGCAGAACGUACACAGAGUAUGUGGGACAGUGUUGUCAAGUAUGUUCAGAGUGCAAGGGCAGGAAAAGUUCCACAGCCACAGAAUAAAUCCUUUGAAACUGUACAAGAGUUUGUUGCAGAUCCCUUUACGACUGCAAAAGUCGCUUUCUUCCUAUCAGUAGCCAAGCAAGUGACACCGUUUUUGACACUCUAUCAAACCGACAAGCCUAUGCUUCCUUUCCUGGCUACAGACCUGUACAGCAUGCUUGGGGGAUUAAUGAGAAGAUUUAUUAAGACCACUGUUAUCAGUGAAGCCAAAACCCCAUUGAAGCUUACAAAACUUGACCCUGCUGACUCCAGCAUUCAUGCCUCUCAUUCCAAGAUUGACCUGGGGUUUACAGCUGACAAGAAGAUCAAGGAGUCGAUUGCAAAGUCCACAGUUUCGGAGAAAAGAGUGCUUCAGUUUCAGAUGGAAUGCAAGGAGUUCCUUAUGAAAGUAGUUUGCAAACUGAUUGCCAAAGCACCAAUUCAGUAUUCCCUUGUAAGGAAUAUAAAUUGCUUAGAUCCAAGAAACAUGAUGAGUGACCAUGAUGUUUCCAUCACAAAAUUCAAGAGAGUUUUGACUACCCUUGAAAAUGCCAAGAAAGUCCCGGAAGGUGAAUGUGAUUCCCUUUUGGAACUAUUUAGACAAUUCAUUAUGGAAGUCCCCUCUUCUUCUCCGUCGGAGUUCAAAGACUAUGAUCCUAACAAUGAUAGACUUGAUUCCUUUCUGUAUCUUCACAUGGGACAGAAGCGAUCCUACCAAUCAUUGUGGAAAGUAGUCUCAGAGCUACUGAUAUUAUCACAUGGCCAGGCCAGUGUCGAAAGAGGAUUCUCAGUCAAUAAGCAACUGGAAGUCGAGAACCUCCAAGAGCGCUCCUUCAUUGCUCAAAGGCUGGUACAAGACCAUGUACAAUCUGUGGGAGGUGUCCUUGCUGUUUCAAUCAACAAACCACUUCUUUUGUCAGCUGCAGGAGCUAGGCAGAAGUAUUUAUCAUAUCUUGAUGAACAAAAGAGGAAGAAAACCUCUGAGGGUGUAGAACUGAAGCGAAAGGAGCUAGUCGAUGAACUUGACGAACUUAAAAAGAAAAGAAGGCGUUUAGACAGUGAUGUUGACAAUCUUGUUAAAUCGGCAGACGAGUUUGCACAGAAAGCAGAGGACACUGGGAAACUUGUGUGGAUUACAAAGUCAAAUAGUUUGAGGAGAACUGCAAAAGAAAAGGAGAUAGCUCGCAAAGACCUUGAGUGCAAAAUUGCGAAUGUUGUGGAUGAACUUAAAAAGGCAUAG